AUGACUCAGCUUCUUGGUUUUCCUAGUGCUGCUCAUCCACAUCAGGUUUGUCUCUUAAAAAAGGCUAUCUACAGUUUAAAGCAAGCUCCUAGAGCUUGGUACUCAAUAUUUUCUACUUUUCUUUUAUCACAAGGUUUCAUUAACAGUCACUGUGAUAAUUCCUUAUUCAUUCAAAGGAUAACUUCUACCAUCAUUAUUGUCCUAGUCUAUGUUGAUGAUAUCCUGGUCACAAGCAGUAAUUCUUCUCACAUUGUCUCUCUUAUUGCUCACAUGCAUACUGUUUUUUCCAUGAAAGAGUUGGGGAACAUUUCAUAUUUUUUGGGGGUCUCCAUUAACGAUUGUAGUGAUUCUUAUUUUUUGUCUCAACAUAAGUAUGCCUCUGAAAUUCUUCUUCAGGCUGGAAUGGCAAAUUGCAAGCCUUGCAAUUCCCCAAGUUCUGUUAAGCCUUCUCUCUCUUCAGAUUCUCAUAUUCCAUUUAGUCAACCUGAACUUUAUCGCAGUAUAGUUGGGGUACUCCAAUACCUUACGAUCACCAGGCCUGAUUUGUCUUUUUCAGUUAAUCAAGCCUGUCAACAUAUGCAUGCUCCAACUGUUGGGCAUUUUGCUUCAGUUAAGAGAUUGCUUCAAUUUAUUCAAGGACCUUUAACUCAUGGUCUCACAUUCAGUCCUAGUUCUUUUGAUUUACAGGUCUUCUCUAACUCUAGCUGGGCUGGUGAUGUUCUCAAUCGUCCCAGUACUUCUGGCUAUUGUGUGUAUCUUGGUUCGAAUCUUAUUUCUUGGUCAGCAAAAAAAAUAACCCACAGCGCCUCAUUCCUCCACAGAGGCAGAAUAUAG